AUGAUGGCGGUAAGAUGUGGACGGCGGUCAGCGAAGUACGGCAGCCUGUGCGCACACGUGCUCGCUGUUAAAGGCGCGGUGUUUAUUUUCGUAUUACAUAAUAGGUCGAAAGCGAGUGAGGCACUGGUCGGAACGGUGCUGGCAAGAGGUGCGGUGGUCGCGCGGAGAGCGGCGGUUAGGUCCGGGCGCAAGGGCACGUGUGCGCUGUGCGUACUGUUCGCAGGCUAUCGAGAUCGGUACUCGACUGACUGA